UGGUGACGUGAGGAGCGUUCCAUUCGGCCAGCAGUAGGCGGCUGCCACAGCUGUUUUAGGGCCCCCAUCAUAGGGGCUCCUUGUCUGGAGGAGGCAGCCUCCAGGCUUGGGAGGAGAAGUCGCUGCCAUCUCGGGCGGCCGACGCGGUCCCCUGGGACAGUCCACUUCCUGCCCUCAGUCUCGGGCCGAGUUUGGGCUCCCAGGUUCAGGGUUAGAAGUUGGACUUUUGAUGAUGUUUGACCCAGCGGCAGCAAUAGCAGGCAACGUGAUUUUAAAGUUGAGCUCAGCUUCUGUUUUUUCCAUCUUGUAAUCACAAAAAGCAUCUGGACCAGGAAUUCCAAUCAUGUCUGUGAUGGUGGUGAGAAAGAAGGUGACACGGAAGUGGGAGAAACUCCCAGGCAGGAACACCUUCUGCUGCGAUGGCCGUGUCAUGAUGGCCCGGCAAAAGGGCAUCUUCUACUUGACCCUUUUCCUCAUCCUGGGGACAUGUACACUCUUCUUUGCCUUCGAAUGCCGUUACUUGGCUGUCCAGCUCUCUCCUGCCAUCCCUGUGUUUGCUGCCAUGCUCUUCCUUUUCUCCAUGGCUACACUGUUGAGGACCAGCUUCAGUGACCCUGGAGUGAUCCCUCGAGCCCUACCAGAUGAAGCAGCUUUCAUAGAAAUGGAGAUAGAAGCUACCAAUGGUGCGGUGCCCCAGGGCCAACGACCACCCCCUCGUAUCAAGAAUUUCCAGAUUAACAACCAGAUUGUAAAGCUGAAAUACUGUUAUACGUGCAAGAUCUUCCGGCCUCCCCGGGCCUCCCAUUGCAGCAUCUGUGACAACUGUGUGGAGCGCUUCGAUCAUCACUGCCCCUGGGUGGGGAAUUGUGUUGGAAAGAGGAACUACCGCUACUUCUACCUCUUCAUCCUUUCUCUCUCCCUCCUCACCAUCUAUGUCUUCGCCUUCAAUAUCGUCUAUGUGGCCCUCAAAUCCUUGAAAAUUGGCUUCCUGGAGACGUUGAAAGAAACUCCUGGAACUGUUCUAGAAGUACUCAUUUGUUUCUUCACACUCUGGUCCGUCGUGGGACUAACUGGAUUUCACACUUUCCUUGUGGCUCUCAACCAGACAACCAAUGAAGACAUCAAAGGCUCAUGGACAGGGAAGAAUCGAGUCCAGAAUCCCUACAGCCAUGGCAACAUUGUGAAGAACUGCUGUGAAGUGCUGUGUGGCCCCUUGCCCCCCAGUGUGCUGGAUCGAAGAGGUAUUUUACCACUGGAGGAAAGCGGAAGUCGACCUCCUAGCACUCAAGAGACCAGUAGUAGCCUCUUGCCACAGAGCCCAGCCCUAACAGAACAUCUGAGCUCAAAUGAGAUGCCGGAGGACAGCACUCCUGAAGAGAUGCCACCCCCGGAACCUCCAGAGCCACCGCAGGAGGUGGCUGAAGCUGACAAGUAGCCCAUCUAUGGAAGAGACUUUUGUUUGUGUUUAAUUAGGGCUGUGAGAGAUUUAAGGGGAGAAGAUAAGCCUGAGACAGAGAACAAGUAAGCUAUUUUUCUUUGGUCUUUAUUCAGCCAAUUGCACACUGGCAUUUUCUUGCUGCAAAUUUUUUUUUUUCUGGACUCAAGGCAGUCACAGAAGAUGUCAGUAACCUCUGGUAACUGGACAAAUGGGUCUCUUGGGCCCCCGCACUGGUUUUCCAUGGAGUCUCCUUGGACUCCCCUUUCUUCCCUCCAGAUCUUGGCUCUCCUGCUUGGUGUGGUUGGUCCAUUUGUGGGGUUAAGGUUCUUGAG